AGCCACGUGAAACCGGUCAGCACUCACUGUUUUGUUUAUAGUUUCUAGCGACAAAUGUGUUCGGUCGGUUUUCCGCCUGUACCAUGCUUUCAAUCGGAAUUGUAACGCUUCGGCUACGGUUCGGGAUUCCGUUCGGCUGUUCGGAAUUUCACUUCGUUUCACUAAACAAAGACGAGCUUUCGCUUACUCGCCCAAGGGUGGGUUGAUUACGUGCCGAGCUUAACUGUGUACGACCAGUUGACAGUGUACGGCCGGAUGAUGAUGAUCGAGUUGGCAAGCGAGCUACUAAUCCUUCGGUGGUGCUUCGUUAAUUUAGUUUGAAGUGCGCGCGCGAGUAGUACACAUUACUUCCCUGUUGGUGAAUGAUUCCAACGUCCUAAUCGUGGUUUAAUAUGUUCUGUGCGUUUGAUUCGUUGGAAACGGUGCUUUUAGAUUUAUUACAAUAACUUACAAGCGCUAACGUGAUUGAUGUGCAACAAUAGGAAUGGGCAGCAAUUAGUGCGGAGCGCAAUCAAGCACUAAACAAAUGAUUGUUACAAACCGUCCGAGUGUUUUGUGGUGUGUUUAAUUAUGAACGAAUACUUCAUUUUUUCGGAAAGCUUACGAAGCAGCGAUGGUUUGAAGUGAUUUCGAAAAGUAGUACAGGAUCAUUGGCUUCGAAGCAUACUUAAUGGAAUUAGUAAUAAAAGCUGUAUCGUGAGCAAAGUUACGGUUUUUUUUGUAAAGAAUCGGAGAGUAACGGUAAAUAAAAACGCGAAGUUUACAGUGCAGUGUGUAACACAAAACGAUUACGAAGGCGCGAUUCAGGCAAGGAGCGAUGCAUUUCCCAUUUGGAUGGACGAUGGAUAUACGAUACCCGCUUCUACUGACGCUGAUCGCCAUGAUCGAUCUCGUCAUCACGCUGAAGGACGUGCGCGUCAGUGUUCCGGUUGCCAUCAAGCGGGGCGAUAAUGCAAAUUUGAUCUGCCAUUACGACAUGGAGGGUGCCGAGCUGUACUCCGUCAAGUGGUACAAGGGAAAGCGCGAGUUUUUCCGCUACACACCGAAGGAAAUUCCCGCCCUGAAAUCGUUCGUCGUCGCAGGACUGUCGGUGGAGCGCCCUCUAUCAAACGGUAGCCAUCUUACAUUGAUGGCCGUCGAGCCAACGGCAACGGGCAAAUACAGUUGCGAAGUAUCAGCCGAUUUGCCAUCGUUCGAUACGAUGAUCGUAUCCAGCGAGAUGGAAGUUGUUGACGUUCCUGUAACAAAGCCGCUAAUUACGGGCAUCAAACAGUUCUACCGAAUAGGUGACGUAGUGCUGGGAAACUGCACGUCCUACAACUCGAAACCAGCUGCCAAUCUUACCUGGCUGUUGGAUGACAAAAAGAUCAAUGCAUCACAAAUGAUGCAGUAUCCGGUGUAUAAGGAUCAUCGAAGCGGACUCGACACCUCUACCCUUGGAUUGUUUUUCCAUCUCUCCCAUCAUUUUCUUGGGCGAAGUAAACUGAAAUUUAGCUGCAUUGCAAAAAUUCACGACGUCUACGAACAGCGCGUCGAUCGGUGGAUCGAGGACGAACGACCGAAGCUGAUGGCCGCCUCAGCGUCACCGGUUGGGCUGAAUCCCGUGAACUACGUACAUUCGAUUUACGACCAAUCGUCGGCCGCAUCUUCCUACCAUCAUCACGAUGGUAGUGAUUUCGACAAUCAGAACAGCGAUGCUUACAUGACACAAAUACAAGGAGACAUGUCAUCUUCAGCAUCCAGUCUAGGUCCGGGGCGAAUAAUCCUUACGCUUGGUGUUCUGCAUUCUGGCAGCCGGACAGCACUGGCAGCGGUUAUGCAAAUAGUGUUUUCAACCCUAGUGGCACUGCUUUCCGGUGCAGGAAGUGUAGGUCAACGGCCGGCGUCUUGCGGUCGCCACCGGGGCACCCGUCUCCACUACGCAAUCUGAAUGCUUUCGGACCCGAUCGGUGUGAACAUAGCCAUAGCCACCAAUCCUAUCUUCAUCCGUGCCACCCUCCCCCUGUUAGUGGGUCAGUUUGGUUUGCAUUUUGUGAGUGGUUUCCAUUCCCUUUCGGGAUGCUCGAGCACCCGGAAAUGGACCGGCGAGCGCCAUUUAGCAUGGUUGAAGCACGGUGGAAAAAAUCGUCGUACCCUCCACAAUCCCUUUGGUAAGCGAUAAACCCGUAAAACCAUCCGGUCGGAAGGACGGACAUCGUUUCAGUCGCGAGUGGAAACUGUCAAACGGAACGGAAAACAUCAAAAUCGUAGUAAAUGGAAUGUGAGUAAAUGAAGGAAAAAUAAACAACAGCAAAAAUAAAAGAACACAGUGAAACCAGCAAAACAUCUCUCCGAAGUCGAAGAGGGUCAGUACGGUCAGUAUAACGGGCAUUCCAUUUCGUUGUUGUGCGAUGUAAAUAUGGUUCGUUGCGUUGCUCUGGACAACAGUAGCAGCUUCAGUUUGGUAUUUAAAAAUGAGAACAAAAAACUAAAAAAAAUCUUCCGGCAAAGAGGAUAAGGUUCAGUUCAUUUUCUUCGUGCAGCCGAGUGAUCUUCACGUUAAAAGAUACGAUGUAAAUGCAAGUAAAAACGAAGUAAACAAAAACUAGCGACCAUUGAAGGGUACAAACUAGAACGGAACGGAAACGACCCAAUAUCUCGUAUUCAGCCCAAAAAUGACAGCCCAAGCUCGAAAGAUUGAAGUCGUGAAUGAAACAAAUUUAAUAAUAAAAUAUCCCUUCUCACAGUGUCUGCAAAUAUUCUUUUUUUUAUAUUCUCCCCCGAGGUUUAGGUUAGGUCUAGUGACCCUGUAAUGGAGUGUGGCAUUGAAGAAAGGAGUAAAAAAAACAGAAACCCAUGACAGGAUAUUCAUUACUCCGUUCGCCAUAUUUUGUCUCGCGCGAUUUAAAGUGAAUAAAUUUUGUCACAUCCAAACCGACGGUCCCGUUAUGCAAAGAGAUUGCAUGGGAAGGUGCACAAUAGAAGAAAAAAUCCCUUUUUAUUUGUACCAUGAAAAGAAAAAAAACAAUACAAAGAAGUAAUAUUGAAUAUCUGUCACUAUGGCUAGGGUAGGAUAAAAUGAAGGCAAAACAAAACAGCGUCAUCCAGAAAGAAUAAAAAGUAAGCUGUUACCAGUAAUAGCAGGCUGCGAAUAUGUAUUCACUGUAUGCGUGUAUAUGUGUCGUCGCUAGGAAACUCCACUGUCGUCGCUGUGGAAAGUAAUUUCCUGUGCGCCCUACUGCGAUGCGUUCAGGGUGGGAGAAUUAUUUGUACACUUCUCGCUCAGUAAGAACUUUAAUAGACGGAACAUUAUUGCGAUACGAGUACACGAUGCUGAUGGGUGCGCGUUGAAGGAUGUGUAAAUAUGGAAAGAAAGAAAUACAGUUGUGUAUACCGAGAUAUAGAUAAGCCUGCAUCGAAGAAGAAAGGUGACAAUUAGGAAGGCAAUACCUACGUACGGUCGACAAUGUGAGCCAGAUUCAGCCCAUCUGCUCUAGCAUUAUGGUAAGGGUGAGUGUGUGUGUGGGUGGGUGGAUGAAUAAAGCACACAUCUACACGCAAACAUACACAUACAAACACAGGGACAAUGAUAAGGAAGGAUGUUUAGGGAGUGUAUCAAUCGUGAAGUGGCAAGCGAAGAGACGCACGACUGUAUAACAUGUAUAGCGACUGUACUGUAGGCGACUAAUGAAAGUAUUUGCGAAUAAAUAAUCUAACCCUGGUAUAAACAUGCCAGUCUUCAUGUUUUUUA